AUGCCCACGCAGGGUAUGGUCGUCUCGGCGAGCGCCGCGUCCGGGUUCCUUCCCCGGCGCGCCGCACCCGGCCGACGCGUCACCGCCUCCCCGCGCGCCGUCUUCGACGGAUCGGCCGCUUCGACGAUGAGGUCUUCGGGCUCGAGAUUAUCCAUCCAUCGGGCCCGAUCGCCGCGCGUAUCCGGGGGUACCCCCCGCGGCCGGAGGCUCACCGCGCGCGUGUCCGCCAUCGGCAGGUUCUUCGGCGGCGGCGGCGGCGGCGCGUCCGACGACGACGACGGCAAGGCUGUCUUCGCCGCCAAGUCCCGCCGGCAGGUUCGCAUCCCGGGCUUCGUCUUCGCCGUGUCCCCCGCGGUCGUCAACGGCGAAGACGCGGACGCGCUCGCCGCGCUGGAGGCUGCCGUCGCGUCCGGCGCCACGGCCGUCAUCCUCGCCGACGACACCGGCGAUGCCACCACCAGGGAGCUCUUCAACGCCGCGCUCGCGCUCAAGGAGUCGCUCAGGGGAAGAGCGUCGCUGCUCGUCGCCGACCGUACCGACAUCGCCGCAUCCGCCGAGUGCGACGGAGUGGUCCUGUCCGACGACGGCGUCCCCGUCGUCGUCGCGCGCAAGAGCCUGAGCUCGGCGUCGGGAGUCGUCGCGUGCGGGGUCAAGGACGAGCAGGCGGCGCUCAUCGCGGCCAAGGAGGGCGCGGACCUCAUCCUCGCCCCGAACGGCAGAGUCGCCGACGCGGUGCGAGGGAAGAUCUCGGUACCGGUGUUCGCGUCGCCGAGGAACGGGUGGGCGGGGGUGAGCGCGCCGGACGCUAUCCAGGCGCUGGUCGACGCGGGUGCGAAGGGAGCGGUGCUGCCCACGCCGCCGCCGAGCGUCGACGUCGCGAGGGGUAUCACCGCGGCGCUGGCGCCGAUCGCGGCGGCGGUGAAAAAGGAUUCUGAUGAUUCCGAGCCCGGCGCGGCUCCCUCGGCGUCUACCACUCCAACCCCGGUCGGGACCUCGGUUGGGACGACCACCAUGGCCGGUAAGAUCAUCGAUCCGACCACGCAGGCCCUGUUGGAGCGCGAGCGCGUCCUCCUCGACGACGCCGUGGCGUUUCUCGUCGAGUCGACGCCCUCGCUUGAGGAGAUCGGGCUUCUUGUGGAGGCCCGGAAAGGUCUGGAGGAGCUCUUCCUGCUCGUCAUCGUCGGCGAGUUCAACGCGGGCAAGUCGUCGGUUAUUAACGCGAUGCUCGGUCAGAAGGCGCUCAAGGAGGGAAUCCUGCCCACCACGAACGAGAUCACCGUGUUGAAGUUUGGGAACGAACCGAGAACCGAGCAGAGCAAAGAUGGGUUCUACACGCAGCUCAUCCCCGCCGAUCUGCUCCGCGAGGUGAACAUCGUGGACACCCCGGGGACGAACGUGAUCCUCGAGCGUCAGCAGAGGCUCACCGAGGAGUUCGUGCCGAGGGCGGACCUCGUGCUCUUCGUCCUGAGCGCCGAUAGGCCGAUGACCGAGUCGGAGGUUAAGUUUCUGAGCUACAUCCGCAAGUGGGGCAAGAAGGUGGCGUUCGUGGUCAACAAGUGCGACCGGCUGGAGAACCAGGGCGAGGUGGACGAGGUGAAAGGGUUCGUCGCGGACAACGCCGAGCGGUUGCUCGGCGUGACGGACCCGGCGGUGCUCCCAGUCUCCGCCAAAGCCGCGCUCGCCGCAAAGGAAAGAGGCGGGAGCGAAACCGACUUUGCGCAACUCGAGGAUUACAUCCUGAGCUUCCUGGGCGCCGGGGACAAGAAGGGCAAGAACUCCGGCGAGGGUCUCCGCCUGAAGCUCGGCACGCCGCUCCAGGUGGGCACGAUGCUCUUCGGCGCCGCGGAGGAGAUCUUGGCGCAGGAGCGAGCCGAGGCUGUGGAGGAGCUCUCGCAGGCGGAGGGCGUGGACGCGGCUAUGGACAAGUACCGCGAGGCGAUGGAGGCGGACUUUGGCGCGCAAGUGCAGGCGGUGCGCACGGCGGUGAUGGGCGCGGUGGGCCGGUGCGACGACCUGCUGGACGCCACCCUGCGCCUGACGAACGGCGCGGACCUGUUCACCACGUACGUCCUGGGCAACGGAGCCAACGGCGCCAUCCGAGAACGGUACAAAAAAGAGGUGCUCGGCGACUCCGAGGCUAAACUCCGCGCCGCCAUCAAGGAGCACACCGGGUGGCUCGCGCGCAACAACGAUAACCAGCUCCGCGCGUACGCCGACGCCGUCCGCGCGCGCGGGUUCGAUCCGUCCGCGACGGAUUUGAACCUCUUCGAGCGAGAGGAACGCAUCGCAGCAGAGGAAGCGGAGGCCAUCGCCGCCGUCCGAGCGGAGGUGGCGGCGAAGCAGACGGCCGCCGCCGAGGCCGAGGCGAAGGCCGCCGAGGCGAAGGCUGCCGAGGCGAAGGCGAGGGCCGCCGCGAAAGAGGCCGCGGGCGACGACGGGGCCGCCGCGGGUGACGGAGCGGAUGAUUCGAACGAUGAUUCAAAGGAGAAUUCGUCGUCGCUGGCGGAUGAACUCGCCGGCCCCGCGCCCGCGCAAACCUCCGCGUCGUCGCUCAUCACCCGCGCCUCCUCCGAUCUCACGUCCCCGGCCACCGUCGCGGCCGGGUUCGACCAGGCGGGCGCCGCGCGGCUGCUCGAGGAGGAGGUCAAGGAUGCCGUGUACUCCACGGUUGGCGCCGCGGGAGCGUCUUUCUUCUUCGCCGUGUUCCUCUCCGGUUUUCUCGAUAACUUCGCCGAGGACGUGCUCGCCUUCUCGCUCACCGCGGCGGUCGGGUACGUCUCCGUGCUGUCGCUGCCGCUGAAGCGCGCGGAGACCAAGGCGAAAGCUCGCGCCGUCGCGGAGAGUUUCUUGGACGAGGUGGAGGGCGCGAUGCGGGCGGAGUUUGAGCGAAAGGUUGGCGCGACGACGGCGCAGGUUCGCGCGACGACGGCGCCGUGGGUCGCGAGCGCGCGAGAGGCGGAGGCGGCGGUCGCGGCGAGCCAAUCGAGACGGGAUCGCAUCGCGGAAGACAUGGACCAGCUCCAGAGGGACGUGCAGAGCAUCUGA